UCUUGUUCGGUUUCAGAACCAUCUUGCAGGGAAAUCGAUGGACACGAAAAGUAAGUAUAAGAUAAAUAACACAAAACAAUUGUAAAACACUUGUAAAACAGCAGAAAAGUCAGCCUCCACACAGCACCACGCAAGGGAAAACAAUGAACGAAGCGAAUCUUUUGGCGCACUUUUCCGCUGACACUUUGACCAAAUGAGCACAAGGUAAGCAUAGAAAAGGUGGCCCUUUUAGCAGCGUGCGAAUGGAAUAGACAACCAAGGUUUAUUGCAUGUAUCGAUACGGUGAAAAGGCCUUUUCGGACAGCUGUUGGAAUAACAAUGAAAAAUAACAUGACAGUUCCAAAUCAUUGCGUUGACGUAGCUUUAAAAAUCUCUAUGUUGGACAGUGUUUUUAUUUGGAAAGAUUCCCGAGUGGUGCUGAACAAGAUAUAAUCGUCUUGCAGUUCAAUCGAACAUCGCUCUCCAAAUAUGUCCAACACUUCCGAUAACCAGUACUGGGCGAAUCAGCCGCAGGAUAUGUAUGAUGGAUUCAACGAUAAGUCGCAGGUGCUCGACUUUCAAACAUUCAACCCAAACGAAACGGCGUAUUGGAAUGAUGCAUCCCAAACGGAUCCAGGAUAUAAUCAGUUACCAGAUGCGGCUUCCCGCGAUCCGUACGGCAUGAUGCAGCAGCAAACGCACUACGGACCAGGACCUUCAAUAUUUACGCCGAAUUAUGUCGAUGACAAUGGUGUUGGAUCCAGCCCUGGCAUGGGUAUCGAAACGACGGAGUUCGACGAGCCGCCUCUACUAGACGAACUGGAGAUCUACCCUCGACGUAUCAUGGAAAAGGCAGUUGCUGUGCUAAAUCCUUUCCAGAGCUCCGGCACGAUGGUGGACACCCCCGACUAUCUGUUCAAGGAAACGGAUCUAGCUGGUCCGAUCAUAUUCUGUCUUACGCUUGCCGCUUGCCUAUCCAUCUCGAAUAGCAAAGCUCAGUUCGGUUACAUUUACGGUCUGUCGACCAUAUCCGUACUGGCAAUGUACUGUCUCAUCUGGCUAAUGUGCCACGCGGUCGAAUGGCACGUGACUGUGUCUGGUGUGGCCAGCGUGCUCGGUUACAGCAUGCUGCCGGUCGUUUUCUUAGCAGUGAUUGGAAUGUUUACUUCGCUUAACAACUUGUACGGCAUGCUGCUUGCCGGAUCUUCCAUUCUGUUAGCCACGGUAUACUCGAGCCGAAUGUUUUGCCUCAUGACUGGCGAUCCACACCAGAGAUACUUGAUAGCGUAUCCGUCCUCGCUACUGUUUACGAUCUUUUCUAUGCUGGUUUUAUUUUAACACAGUUUUGAUAUUAUGCUUUAUGUGUAUUCCUUUCAUAAUCAAGCUAAAAUGUCUUAAUCAUGAAACAUUGAAGUCCCUAUGUUUAUUGUUCAAUAAAAUACUACUAAACUGA